CGGCACAUCGUGCAGAUUAACUUAACUAUGUAAAGAGGUGCUUUCUGUAAACUACCCUCUCAGUCUCCUCACAGCAGUGCGAGAGAGAGUGAGAAUUAACCAGGUUUCACAAUGACAGACUAUUCUACCAACAUGCGGCUGAGAAUGCCGGCGGUUUGUAUUGUGUUGGAGGUCAUCCUCAUCAUCCUCUUUGGUGUCCUGGUGGAGUAUAAUGAGGACACUGAUGCCAGGAAAUGGAACAAAGACAACAAAACAGAUGAUAUGAAGAAUGAGUUCUAUUACCGCUAUCCUAGUUUCCAGGAUGUACACGUGAUGAUUUUCAUUGGCUUUGGGUUCCUCAUGACGUUCCUGCAGCGCUAUGGCUUCAGCAGCGUUGGCUUUAACUUCCUCAUUGCAGCCUUUUCUCUGCAAUGGGCAACACUCAUGCAAGGCUUCUUUCAUGGCAUGCAUCAUGGCAAGAUACAUGUUGGAGUGGAGAGCAUGAUCAAUGCAGACUUCUGCACUGGCGCAGUCCUGAUCUCAUUUGGGGCUGUGUUGGGCAAAACAAGUCCAGUCCAGAUGCUGAUAAUGGCCAUAUUUGAGGUUACAUUGUUUGCCGUAAAUGAGUUCAUCCUUCUCACUAUUCUUGGAGCAAAAGAUGCUGGAGGAUCCAUGACCAUCCAUACAUUUGGAGCAUACUUUGGACUCACGGUGACACGUGUGCUGUACAGGCCUGACCUGAAAAAAAGCAAGCACAGGAACUGUUCUGUGUACCAUUCUGACCUCUUUGCCAUGAUUGGAACCAUCUACCUGUGGAUGUUCUGGCCCAGCUUUAACUCGGCUGUCACGGCUCUAGGAGAUCCCCAGCAUCGCACUGCACUGAACACAUACUACUCACUGGCUGCCUGCACACUUGCCACAUACGGUUUCUCUGCUCUUGUCAACCACGAAGGAAAACUUGACAUGGUGCACAUUCAGAACGCUGCACUGGCAGGUGGUGUUGCUGUAGGAACGGCUGGUGAAAUGAUGCUGACUCCUUUUGGUUCCAUGAUAGUGGGAUUCCUGGCUGGGACAAUCUCAGUGCUUGGGUACAAAUACCUCUCACCUGUUUUGGAGUCAAAGCUGAAGAUUCAAGAUACAUGUGGUGUCCAUAACCUACAUGGCAUGCCAGGUGUCCUGGGAGCUGUCGUGGGCUCCAUCACUGCUGCAGCAGCAAGCACUUCAGUAUAUGGCAAUGGGUUGGCAGAUGUGUUUCCUGGUAUCACCAAAGAUUAUACUGUAUCCAAUCAGGCUGUAAUGCAAAUCAUAUCACUGGCUGUCACCCUGGGUAUGGCCCUGCUUGGUGGGCUUAUUGUUGGAUUCAUUUUAAAACUGCCUAUUUAUGGAGCCCCACCUGACACUCUCUGCUUUGAGGAUUCAAUCUACUGGGAGGUACCAGGAGAAGAGGAGGGAGAUGAAGAAUUGACUACUGUGAAAUUACCUGAGGAGUCCGACAAACUCAAUGGUUAAAAAACCUGCUUGUAUUUGCUGGAGACGCAAUCUUCAGCAUAAGACUUGAGUGAGGAGGAGUAAAAUGAAGAAGCUCAAUAAGAUGGUUAUGCCACCAGUAUAAACAAUUUUAAUAGUUUCACCGCACUUACAUGCUACUUAGCUAUUCAUCUGAACACGUUAUUUUGUAACUAUUAAUUAUUGAGGAAACAUUAUGUGUAUAGUAACAAGACUAGAUAGUAAAUCUAGAUUCAUAGGGGGACCGGAAAAGUAAAUCAUUUCCGAUUAUUUCAACACAAAUAUAUCGUCACUUGAGUAAUAGGCUCACAGUUUUGGAGGCCUUAAGCAACAUCACUCUCUUGGCUCCCUAACACAUUUCUCAAAGGUAUAUAUCAAGGUUACAGACCACAAGGGGGCCCCCUGUGAAAGCCUGAUUCAUCUCACCAUCCCUGGCAAAAUAGGAUAUUACAUUAAAAUAUCUAAUCAUUUAUUUAUUAACGAUCAUUUACUUUAUCCUGUUCAAAGCCACAGUGGAUCCAUAAGCUAUUUCAGGAACACUGGGUGUGGGGCAGGAUAUAAUAUAAUCUAGCAUU